UCUCUGUUCCCCUUUCUUUCCGUCUUCUUGCUUCUCUCUUUCUGUUUCUGUUCCUUAGUCCACCCUUCGGUCUUCUUUAACUUUGCCAAAAUGUACCAGAACCAGUGGAUCACCAACUAUCUCAGCCAUGUCAAGUUCUGUCAAGGCAUCACAGCGGAGACCACCACCAAAGUUAGCAGACCUAAAUUACAGCAUAAGGCUCUUAGUUUCCAGAAACAGUUCUCGUUUGAGGACAAAGAGGAGGUAGCCCAGACCAACAAGGCCGUUGAUGUCAAUCCCCUGUCCAGUCUCCCCAAGGUCUCAGAGUUGAGGAAACGUUUUGAAAGCAUUAGCACAAGCCAGAGUGACUGCUGGGACAUGAACAGGAAAGAACGAAUUGCACGGCGGCUGGAGGGAAUUGACAGCGAUAUUCAGCUUUCCCUUCCAAGUGCUGGUCUGGUGACCCAUCGGCUGCUGGAGGAGGACACACCCAGAUACACCCGUGCAGCAGACUCAUGUGAUCCAUGCACAGUUCCUCUUCAGCACUUUGGCAAAGAUGACCCGGGUUUGUCGGACCUUCAUGGCUCCCAGGCCCACGUUGACCCUGUGUACAACCCUGGCUCUGUGGACACCGCAGGGCAGGAGUCUAAAGCCGAGCGCAUCGCCCGCUACAAGGCCGAGCGGCGCCGACAGCUGUCUGAGCGCUACCGCGUCCUGCUGGAUGAAGAGGCUGAUGCAGACUACAGCAGCCACUACUCCAGAAUUCGAAGAGAGCCUGAGGGGUCUGACCGGCAACACAGGCUGCAGGUGGAGGGAGUAGAGGAGGUAGAGCAUAAUGCUUACGCCUCCCACUCUCUGGCAGAGCAACCAACCAAUCAGACCAGGACCGAUCAAGGUUACAGCCGAGAAAGGGCCGGGUCACUGUCCGAACAUGAGAGGAGGAUGAAUCUGGAGAACCAGCGGAGGGCGCAAGACAGAGGAGGAGUGCAUGGAGGAGGCGGAGCAGCCCCUGACCCCACUACAACUUACAUGGACACUUCAGGGUGUGUCAAAGUUCCAGCAAGAGAACAGAUGGUUACAGGGGUCCCUAGCUCGCCCAAGACAGGCCAAACAGCCAAUCUGGCUGCAUCUCCUCGGGAUUUGUUCAUUGACCAACAGGCCCACAAUGUCCUGCACAGACAAGGCUACCCUGACCAACCAGCCAGUCAAUGGUCACUCCAGACUGACUCAGAAGGAGACACCAUUUCCCCAAUCAACUGGCCCUCCAGAAUUCGAGUCAGGGAGAGACUGGCUCGUGAUGAGCUGUCACACACGAGUCCAGAGCUGGGCUCUAGAUCAGAAGCUCCAGUGUACCGUCGUCACACACAGCCUUUUCCUGGAUACCAUGAGCGCUCAGCCUACCAGGAGCAGCCAAAGCUUCGGCUUCAUUACCAACCUUCCCAGCCACAUCACUCCCGCACUGACCGCUAUGACCAUGGCUGCCAUGGCUACCUAUCCAUGGGUAGUGAGCCUGCACCCCAAACAUGGCCAGAAUCAGAGGCUGCAGUGGAAGAAGUGGGGACUCAGAGGGAGGGAAGGAGGGAAGUGAGAGCAGAGCGGCUUUUGCGGGGCCGGAAAGCGGUGUUGCCCUCGGAAGUUCAAAGAAGAGAGAGAAGCACAGAAGACCAAAACCGUGGAAGAUCUGAGCAGGUGGACUUGACCUCACAACACCAGGGUCGUUCUGCAUCGAGUAGAGAGGUGAUGGAGGACCUCCGAGGGAGGCGUGAAAGAUGGUCAAGAAGGGAGGAGGUCACUGAGCAUGUAUCCAGACUUCAGGCAACUGAAGCACUGCAUUUAAGAGCUAGGAAAGCGCAGGAGAGAACGGAUGAUUGUCACCACCAACGAGGAACCAGCUAUCUGCCAGCUCAUGCCACAGUCCAAGCAUCUGCUCCACCAGUCAGUGGAAGAUGGGCUUCAGAUCCGGCCAAACUUGUAACCCAGUACAUACCAGACACAAGCAAUGCCCAAACCAGGCCCAUGCAUUCAGUACCCAUCCAGGAACCCAUCCACAGCAGAGAGGCUGUUCCACAAGAGGCCAUCCCCAAUGGAGACCACUCCCCCACUGAUGUGAAGGUGUCUGUAGCCCAGCUCCGUCACUCUUACCUGGAGAGUACCACAAGCCCCCGCAAACCUGAACAGGUAGAGGGAUUACCUGCCUUUGCAGAGGUGCCUUGGAGAAGUCAGAGAGCUGUGAACAGGAAUCGUCGCCCCCGGCAAUACGUUUCUCCCACUGAGGAUAGAAAGACUUCAGAGAGGUUUAGAACUCAGCCGGUCACUUCGGCCGAGCGGCUGGAAUCUGAUAGAUCUUGCCCAGUCUCAGAACCACAGGUCACUGAAGUGGAUGAGGAGAAGUUGGAUGACAGAGCAAAGAUGAGCGUUGCUGCCAAGCGCUCUCUCUUCAGGGAGCUGGAGAAGAGUGUGGAUGGGGCAGCUUUAAAGCCACACAGUCAUAACGCUGCCUUAACACGCAGACUGAGGCGCAACCAGGAUCGCUACCGCACCCAGCCUAUCACACCAGAGGAAGUAGUCAUCGCUGCUACUGUCCCUGGUCCUUUGUCACAGACUGUGUCUGUUCAUUCUUCAGUAGCACGAGUUCCUAGUCCCACUGUAGUCAACAGCACAGUCACCAGGCACAGUUCUAUGGUGGUAAGGGAGCAGGCAAAGAAUGCCCGACAGCAUCGGGAAAGUUCUGAUGCAGAGAAAAGUGUCCACAUGGUCCCUGCAGAAGGUCAGGAGGAACCUGACCUGUCCACCCUCAGCCUGGCAGAGAAGAUGGCUAUUUUUAAUAAGCUGACGCAGCAGUCCUCUUUCAACCCAAUCACCCGCAGAGAUAGCCGCUCCCGCCGCACUAACGCCCGCUACCAGACCCAGCCCAUCACGCCUGGAGAGGAUGGCUCGGAUUCUGAACUUUUUGAGGAGGAAAUGCAGCACUCAGAUGGACUGAGUGACCUGGACCAUAUUGGAGGCGGGUCUCAUUUAAGCACAGCCUCCUCCCUUAAAUCCUCGACGGUGUCUACGGCACAUGCUGGUGACAUCCAUCUGACCAUGUCUGCGACCACCCAUGAUGAAAGAGCACUACCCUCUUGGCACCAACCUCAACCUGCUGCAGUGGUCCAGAACUGGAAAGGCUCCUCUGAACCGUUUGUAGUCCAGAGAGAGGAGCCAAGUCUGGCCAUGGGAAAGAGGAAACUGCCCUCUCCAGAGAGUGUGAAACAGCCAGCCAGAGAGUGGGAGGAGCAAAGGGGGCACAGCAAGGCUGCUGUGACCUCUGACCUUCAGGAGACAGAUGGGCAACAGAGGUCAAAAGUAGCAGUUUCAGGUCUUCCGGAGCAGACGGUUUCAGCGCGAGCUGCAUCACAGCCCUCGUCCUCAAACUGGAGCAGCGCUAUUACACAGCACACGCACGCUCUCACACACUCUGUGCAGUCCCCGGAGUCCAGCAGAACUGUCCCUGAGGACAGGGAGAGGAAACAAGAGUGGGAGAAAGACUUGCACACUGAAGAGGCAGACGAGCUUUUGGACAUCAUGUCAGCCCGGCAGAUAUCCAUCAAAGACAGACUGGCUCUGCUGAAGAAGAGCGGUGAGGAAGACUGGAGGAACAGAAUCAAUAAGAAGCAGGACAUAGUGAAAGUGGCCGUUUCAGAAAGACAUGCUCAGCUAUGGGAGGUGGAGCAGACCUUCAAGAAGAAGGGCAAUGGAAUGAUAGAUGAAUUUGCAGUUUCUGACCAGCUCUGGGAACCUGUCUUUUCUUCCACUUUUUCCUGUGCUUCUGAGCCACUUGAUCACAUCGAGCCCCCUCCCCAGAGAAUGGGAGACGAGGUGGAGGACAGUCACCGGGUUGAGCGCAUCGAGAUGUCCAUACUGGAGCGCAAACAGCUCAUCACAGCCCGAGAAGACGCUUGGAAGGUCAGAGGUCUUGGAGCAGCCAAUGACUCUACCCAGUUCACUGUGGCUGGUCGGAUGGUCAAGAAAGGUCUGGCAGCCCCCGCUGUGCUGACAAAUCCCACACUGACUCCUACAUCCACAAAAAAUAAGAACACUAUCAGCAAACCUCAAGAAGAGAUUGAGGUCAGGCAAGACAUGAAAGUUGAGUCAGACCAAAAGCUGGACAAGCUAGAGUCCUUUCUGGGUCGACUGAACAGUAAGGUGGACAGGCUUCAGGAGACCACACUUACAGUCACAGAGAAGAAGGUGAAAGAGGUCAUGACCCUGGAUGAUGAGUGCUUUGAUAGGUUCUACAGGCACACAGAGGAGCUUGCCAACAUCACCAGCAAAGUGGAGAUCAGUGAUGACUUUGAUGCCAUCUUUGGACCUCAGAUACCCAAGCUGGCCUCAGACAUGGUGCAGCACAAGCGGGCGGUGCGACCAGCCCGGAAUGUGCAGUCAUCCAGGAACCCUUUGAAGCUGCUAGCCUCACGAGAGGACAUUAGACACGAAUACACAGAGCAGAGACUCAACAUUGGAGUGCUGGAGAGCAAGAGGAUCAAACAGGAAAAAAUGGGUAAGAGCAGUGGUUUCUCUGCAGUGGCUCUGGCAGGCUUGGCGAGUAAGGAGAAUUUUAGCAAUGUAAGUCUGCGCAGUGUCAACAUCACCGAGCAGAGCUCCCACAGCAGUGCAGUACCCUACAAGAGCACCAUGCUCAUGCAGGUCAAAGGUCGGCGGCAUGUCCAGACUAGGCUUGUCGAGCCCAGAGCAUCCUCCUUGAACAGUGGUGAUUGCUUCCUGCUGGUCUCACCCCACCACUGCUUCAUCUGGAUAGGAGAGUUUGCAAAUGUUAUCGAGAAGGCUAAAGCCGCAGAGUUGGCAACCUUCAUACAGACCAAACAUGACCUGGGCUGUAGAGCCUCAUAUGUGCAGACCAUAGAGGAGGGUAUCAACACACACAGCCAUGCAGCUAAGGAAUUCUGGAAGAUCCUGGGAGGGCAAGCAAGCUACCAAGCUGCAGGGACUCCAGAGGAGGAUGAGUUCUAUGAGACUGCCAUAGUGGAGACAAACUGUGUCUACAGGCUGCAGGAAGACAAGCUGGUGCCUGAUGAUGACUACUGGGGCAGAGUGCCCCGAUGCUCCAUGCUCAGCCCCACUGAGGUGCUGGUGUUUGAUUUUGGCAGUGAAGUGUAUGUAUGGCAUGGCAAAGAGGUGACAUUAGCACAGAGGAAAGUGGCAUUUCAGCUGGCAAAGCACCUAUGGAAUGGAACCUUUGAUUACACAACAUGUGACAUCAACCCUCUCGACCCAGGAGAGUGCAACUCACUUAUACCCAGGAAAGGUCAGGGCCGGCCAGAUUGGGCUGUGUUUGGUAGGCUGACCCAACACAAUGAGACCACAUUGUUUAAGGAGAAGUUUCUGGACUGGAAUGACUCCAAGAAUGCUUCAAAAAAGAAUGACAGUGCAGAAACCAUUGAAAACAAGGAAGGCCACAGUGGUGAGUGCCGGCCGUAUAAUGCCUCUCUAAUGUUGCCGCUAUUGCAAGCACCUGUUCGGACUGUUCUGGAUGCAGUGGACGUGGGUCGCGGUUAUGGAUUUGUGGGUGAAGAGGAUGGGCGAGGCUUUGAGAUAAGCACGCUGUCUGUGGAUGUGUGGCAUAUUCUGGAGUUUGACUACAGUCGCCUGCCUAAACAGAGCAUAGGGCAGUUCCAUGAGGGAGACACUUAUGUGGUUAAAUGGAAGUACAUGGUCAGCACAGCAGUUGCAAAGAGGCUGAAUUCAGAGCGAGUUGUAGGCCCGGGGAAGGAGAAGUGUGCAUAUUUCUUCUGGCAGGGUCGUAACUCCACUGUAAGUGAGAAAGGAACGUCGGCUUUGAUGACUGUGGAGCUAGACGAGGAGAGAGGAGCACAGGUCCAGGUGCAGCAGGGGAAGGAGCCCCCCUGUUUCCUGCAGUGUUUCAAUGGAGGGAUGAUCAUUCAUGCAGGAAAAAGGGAAGAGGAAGAGGAGAAUGUGCAGAAUGAGUGGCGCUUGUACUGUGUCAGAGGAGAGAAGCCAGUAGAGGGCCAUCUGUUGGAGGUGGUGUGUCACUGCAGCAGUCUUCGUUCUCGAACCUCCAUGAUUCUGCUGAAUAUCCCCAAAGCCAGCAUGUACCUGUGGCAUGGUUGCAAGGCUCAACCGCACACACGUGAUGUGGGCUGCACUGCCGCUAACAAGAUCAAAGAGCAGUGUCCUCUGAGGCAGGGCUUCACAGCAGCAGUAAAAGUAACCAUCCAGGAGUGUGAUGAAGGGACGGAACCAGUCGGCUUCUGGGAAGCUCUUGGUCGGCGAGACAGGAAGGCAUAUGAUUGCAUGAUUCAUGAUUUAGGGAAGUUUAACUUCACACCACGGCUAUACAAGUUAAGCAGUAUUUCAGGGGAAUUUGCUGCUGUGGAAUUCAUCUGUCCAUCCAGAGAGCCAAACCUGGUUAACUCAAUGCCCUUUCAUCAGGAGGACCUGUACACUGCUGCUCAGCCAGCUCUUUUUUUGGUGGAUAAUCAUCAUGAGGUGUACCUGUGGCAGGGCUGGUGGCCUCAGGACAGUGAAAACACAGGCUCCGCCCGCAUCCGUUGGGACUCAGAUCGGAAAUGUGCCAUGGAAACUGUGCUCCAGUACUGCCAAGAGAAGAAUGAAAAGAAGCCUCCAAAAGCCUACCUGAUCCACGCUGGCCUGGAGCCUCUUACCUUCACUAAUAUGUUCCCCUCCUGGGAACACAGAGAGGACAUUGCUGAGAUCACAGAGAAGGAAGCAGAAGUAUGUAAUCAGAUCAUUCUGGUGGAAGAUGUCUUGGCCAGACUGUGUAAGACCACCUAUCCACUGGCUGAUCUACAGGCCCGGCCGCUUCCUGAAGGUGUUGAUCCUCUGCGUCUUGAAAUUUACCUGUCAGAUGAAGACUUUGAGGGUGUAGGGGCCUAUGGUAAGAAAGCUCUAGAGAUGACGAGGAGUGAGUAUGAGGCACUGCCGGGAUGGAAGCAGGUGAACAUGAAGAAAGCUAAAGGAUUGUUCUAGCGGGUUACCACAGUCUGUGUGUUGUUAUAUGGGGUAAAAAUGAAGCUUAAGAAUGACUGCAAGAGAUGGAAUAAGCAUGUGGAGGAGUUUCAUUCUGCCUUUCUAACUGGACUCUAAACACACAGGUGUAGGUCCAUAGGUGUCAGUCCAUAGGAAAGGGCAGUAAGAGAAGAGGAAAGGAGUGGUGGAUGUGGACAAAGAUCAGCAGAGGUUUACCAGCCUCUUGUAGCAUAUCUAUUUCCUUCCCUCCCUUUGUUUUCUCUGUUUUCACUUGUUUAUGUAAAAAAAGUGUAAAUGCAUAGUGGAAAUGCUUUUUUGAUCAAGGUUUGUUUUUUUUUUUGUUUUUGUUUUUUUUUUUUUGUCUUCCAGUUUUUUUGUUUUUCUUUUCAUGCAUUCAUUCCACUACAUGUCCAUGUAGCAGGAGCUGCGCUGUCAUACUAUUGCGUCUGAACACAGAGACAGGAACGAGUCAGACAGUGUCCAGCUCUCGCCACCAGUCUGUUUUUAAUUUUGAUGUGUUUCUUAUAGUUUAUACUUAUAAUGAAGACUUGAGAAUAAAUGUACAGUAAAAGUCUAAAUUGUAUCACUGAUAGUGGGAGUCAUAUGUAGUGACGGUCCAGUCUAAUGCCACUCAUAGCCAGACCUUCUACAUGCCAUCACUAAUUCUUCUGCUACCACAGAGGUGAAGUUGUGUGUGUGUGUGUGUGUGUGGAUAUGGGUGUGUGUGAGUGUGUGUGUGUGUGUGUGUG